AACUACAAUUCCCAGCAUGCCCUGAGUUUUAAUAAAUGGGAACAAGCCUGUCCCCCUAAAAUAUUGUUUACCCUACAAAAUGGGGGGGAAAAACAAUUAAAUAAACAAACAUAUUUGGUAUCACCGCAUGCAGAGAAGUCUGAACUAUUAAAAUCAAAUGUUAUUGUCCCCGUGCAGUGACACAGAUUAGAGAUUUCAGAUACGCAGUGUAUUUCAGACACUAAUAAACCAUAUAGAACAUGGGUCACACAUUGUACGUUACCAAUAAAUAAAUAAAGUUUUCUCUCUGUUUUUCUCCAACAGAUUAUGUGAAAACACUGAUUAUUGUGGUGGCUGCAGUGACUGCAGUAUUAUCGUGGGGUUUUACUUGUUGUAUAGUGGCUGUUUGUAUCCGAAAUAAAAGGAAAGCUCAAAGAGACAAUGCUGACCUACGGGAAAUAAUUGUCCAUAAGAUCCCAGCCAGCAAAUCUGACCAAAUUUUGGACAGAUCAUUGGAACAUGAAGCUGUCCAACCAUACAACAUGCCUAUACCUACACCAAGGCGAUCUCCGGAGAAACUCACCAAAAAACAGAGAGAAAUCCUGGAGAGUAAGGAAAGGCCGAUAACUGAUGACAUCAUAGACGCUUCCCAGAGGAUCCUCCAAACCCAAUUUGCGGCAAAUGGACUGCAAUCCUGUUGGGGGGCAAUACGAGGAUUUCUACCAGCGUUUGGCCCUUCCGUCCAAGUUCAUUAUGAUGACGAUCGUUGUCACGCAUUCACAUCCUGCUUCAGAGAUGGUAACAUCUUUAUUGCUGACAGCAUUAAUAGAACACUUUCACAUGCAGGGGAGAGGCAGCUAAAGCAGAUUUACAGUUCUGUUGCUCAUGAUCCCCUAAAAGUGGUGACAUUUCUGGAUGUGGAACGGCAGCCAAACAACCUUGACUGUGGACUAUAUGCAAUAGCCAAUGCAGUUGAGCUUCUAAAUGAAAAUGGAAAUCCAUCAUAUACAUAUGAUAACAGCAAAAUGAGAGCCCAUCUAGCCCUCUGUAUAGAGAGAGGGUUCUUCAGCCCCUUCCCCAAGGAAGAAAUCCAUUCCAGCGACAUGACCCGCAGGCCUGAGGAUGCUGAAGAGCCCAUCUGCACUGAAUAG